UUGCUUUCUCUCUCUAAAAAACUCAUAAAAAUUAUAGUUUUCGGAAGAAGCCCCGGUUCCUUUCAUCCUUGAUUCGAUUUAAUCGCUCCACUUCUCCCUCUCGUUCUCUUCCCAAGAUUCCCUCUUUCUCUCUCGCUCUCGCUCUCGCUCGCUCCCAAUUCGGCUUCAAAGCUAUGUUCCAGGAGUUGGAGAAUUGGUUUUGAUUGCAAGUGAGGAGAAAGGCAAAGUGGGGAUGGAGGGAGACACACUCUCAGGUCUUGGCAAUGGAGCUCAAUUGGAUAACAAGGUCCUUCAGGCCUUCCAGAAAAACUUUGGCCAGGUCCAGAGCAUUUUGGAUCAGAACCGCCUUCUAAUCAAUGAGAUCAACCAGAAUCAUGAGUCUAAAGUCCCUGAUAACCUCAGCCGGAAUGUUGGAUUGAUCAGAGAACUCAACAACAACAUUCGCAGAGUUGUUGAUCUUUACGGCGAUCUAUCAAGCUCGUUUACCAAAUCUGUCGAAGCCUCAUCUGAGGGAGACUCUUCAGGAACUCUAAAAUCAGACGGGAAAGCCGGACAGAAGAGAAACAGGCCCGGGUAGCCAGCAGAGGACUGAGACCUGAAUGGCAUCUCGUAUUCUUUCAUGACAAGCGGGAAAAUUAAACCGGUGGUAUGAUUCGAUAACUCUGAUAGCUUGUUUAAGGGUGUAGCUCUUGCAAUUACAACAACAAUAAUAGCUCAUUACUUUGCAUUUUACUGUAAUCCAUGCAACUCUUUUCUCCUAUUCCAUUGGAAAUGCAGCUCCACCUUUAUGUUUUGUUUUCCAA